AUGCGCAACCUUGAUUACAUAUUUACAGUGUCCACGCAUACCAUUGCAAGUGCAUCACCAGAUGUUUUGGCUAACCUGGAGAGGUUGCUAGACCAGAGAUCAUCUGAGCCAUGGAGUCACCGUCGGCUUCCUACUCCAACAGCUACUUUCCCUGCUAUCAUUAACAGUGAAGAGGAUGAUAGUGAGAUGGAGUUUCAAAGGACUCGUGACAAACCCUUGAAAAUGGAAAAAGUCCAAAGAGUGGAUUCCUUUCUACAGCCCAGGGACGAUGCUGAUAAAGAAAUCUCCAAAGUAGUCCGAGCUAUAAGGAAGAAGUUGCAGCAGAUUGAGAUGCUUGAAGAUAAGCAGUCCAAUGGACAUCUUCUUGAUGACCAGCAGAUUGCAAAGCUUCAAUCUAAGUCAGCACUUGAGAGCUCACUUGCAGAGCUAGGUGUUCCUGUUCAGACAUCACAAAAUAAAGAAUCAUCUUCAAUAUUACCAGAAGGGAAAGGUAGUAAGAAGGGUAAACUAUCGAAGAAACAAAGGAGAAAGAGUGGCAAAUCAAACAUAGAGCAGACAGAAAUAGAAUCUGUUUACUCUAAAAGUGAAGCCAUUCCCAAAUCCGAGGACCUGCUGUUGGACAUUGACAUCAUCGGGGUUUCUGAUUCAAAGGUGGAAGAGGAUGCUGUAUGUGAACAGAUCACAGCAGACCAGGGCGCAAAACAUUUAGCUUUUGUCGUGCAGAAGAAUGAUGCUUUAGAGUUGCUGAAAGCCAAGAGUCCGUCACCAAAAGCUUCAAAGAAGAAGAGCAAGAAGGGUGGGCUUUCUAUGUUUCUGAGUGGUGCUCUUGAUGAAGCCCCGAAAGAGGUGGCUCCCCCUCCACCACCAACACCAAAAAAUGAUGGUCCUGCAUGGGGUGGGGCCAAGUUCAUGAAGGGUUCUGCCUCCCUGCGUGAAAUCCAGGAUGAACAAAGCAAGAUUAAGGUAAACAAGCCAGCUGGGAGCAAAGAUAAGGUGGAAGAUCUCUCUGAUUUUGUCGGUGGGGUUAAAAUAAAGUUGAGUUCACUGCUUCCUUCAAGCCCAAUACCUGUUACCUCAACUCGUAGUUCCCAGGUAUCUGAUGGAGAAAUUAGUACCCCUCCUUGGGCUGCUUCAGGAACCCCUCCCUAUCCUUCUCGGCCAUCCUUAAGGGACAUCCAAAUGCAACAGGGAAAGAAACAACAAAGCCUUUCACACAGUCCAAAGACUACAACAGCUGGAUUUUCCAUUGCUACUGGUCAAGGUGGCUCGCCAUCCGAAACAACUGGAUUGAGUCGCUGGUUCAAGCCUGAGGUGGAAACACCAUCCUCAAUUCGUUCUAUUCAAAUUGAGGAAAAGGCUAUGAAAGAUCUCAAGCGCUUCUAUAGCAGUGUCAAGAUUGUCAGAAAGCAGCAAUCUUGA